CUAAAUACUUGUUGUUUUCUUUUGUGGGGUGUGCUUCUUGAUCAUGUUGCUUAUGAUAUUUAUUUGUUUCUAUGAAGAAUUUGUAUAUACUGAGUUUUGGUGGUGGGUUUUAUUUUAUGUGUUUAUAUUUUUGAAAGGAUGGUUAGAGCCUAGAGGUAUCUUCUGUAUGUGAAGUUAUAGGGUUUUAGGUAAAUUAGCUUGCUUUCUGUCCUUUUUUUUUUUUUUUUUUUGAUGAAUUAUUUCAUGGGUUUGGAAUUCUUUUGUUGGAAAUUUGGUAUGAGGUGUAUGUUUGGGUAAUAAGGAAGCCUUUUGUUGACUUUGGCUGACCAAAAUGGCUUUGGAAUCUUGAUAGCUAUAGAGAUAUUCCAUUCUGUCUAUGUGUAGGCUAAAAAGUUCAUCUAAAUACAUGAAACAGAUGUUACAAGAAAGUAUACCUAUACAAGUCUUUUAAGGAUUUUGUACGGCGAAGUCAUUAAAAGACACUCAAUUAAGGAACCCCUUGGAUGCACUUUGCUGCCAUCAUCAUCUCAUAUAAAAAAGUUCCUUCCUUGUCUAUGCAAUUGUCUAAAAAAUCUGUUUUUCUAAUGAAUUUGUGAAAUAAUGGUUGGAAGUUUUUGAUUGUUGGAACCCGGGGAGAUCUUAUCUGUACGUUCAAGUUCUAGUGGUGCUGCAUCUUGUUGAAUUCUGGAGUUGAAAGCUAUAUCAUUUUGCAGCACUAACUUCAUUGAAUCUUGGAAAGUUGUCAAAGUGUUAUGCGAUGGAUAUGAAAGGUAUAUCAUGGGUCGGAAAUAUAUACCAGAAAUUUGAAGCUAUGUGUUUGGAGAUGGAAGAGGCUAUGUACCAGGAUACAGUUAGAUAUGUUGAGAAUCAGGUGCAGACUGUUGGUGCAAGUGUCAAGAGGUUUUAUUCAGACGCGAUGCUAGAUUUGCAUCCUCAAUUUAACAUAGAUCCUGUGAAAGUCGCAGCUGCUGACUUGUCUAUUAACCCUUAUGCUCACACUGAAAUCAAAAAGAAGCUGAAAGCAAACCUUAAAGGACACCCUAGGGGAAUUAGUAAGGAAUUAAUUGAUGAUACUCAAGUGAUCAAGGGGAAAAGCAAAAGUGGAGGAGUUUAUAGACGUCAAAGUGUUGGGAUCAAAGAGAUCGUCAGGGAUACUCAUUCUCCAUCUAAGAAGUCGGCCGCUCUCCCUCUCAUAUCGAGGGAUGCAAUUAAAUGGUCCUCACAUUCUAAGGUCAGGGGAGGUUUUGAAGUGGCAUCUGACCACAUGACCAUUUCGCCCUUGGCCUCAGUUAAAGAACCUGACUCUGUAGAAGCAGGAAAGGAGGUUUCCGACCAUAUUAUAAGUACAAAGAUGCCUGCUGCUGGUAUAUCCAUUAAUGCUGCAGCUUCGGACACGAGCUUAUCAGUUGACUGUGGUGGACAGAACCAAGCAGAUGUCAGCAACACUUCUUCUGCUGGUGACUUGCUAUCAGACUCUCAUGCAGAUAGGUGCACGGACAAGGAGUUGGCUAGUGAGAUUGCAUCACAAAUUAGCAGCAAUACUCACGACGAUAAUGUUGCUAAGGAGGAGAUAAAUGAGUCCUGCAAAGAAGGAUCAGAUAGAUCUUGUUCUGCUACACCCAAGAAUUAUGACUUGAUCGAGUCCGAUGUGGAAAUUGUUGAGCGUUAUGAUGUAUCAAAAUCGGACGAAGCAUGUGUCAUGGUAGAAAUGGAUAGGCUUCAUGGUCCACAGAGCUUAGUCAAACGGAAGUCGUACAAGAAGAAGCUCCGCCAAGUGUUUUCCACGAAAAAGAAGUCGAUGAGGAAAGAGUAUGAGCAGCUUGGAGCAUUACAUGGAGAUCAACAGCCUAACAUAGAGGCUGAAGAUGACAAGGUGAUGGAGGUUCACGCCGCGAACUUGAACUCAAAGAAGUUGUCAUCAGCUAAUGAUCAUUCUGAAUCUGAGUGGGAGUUUCUCUAGAUAUGAUGCAUUGCUGCUAUAAAAUUGUAAUGUUGUUUUUGCCAAUCAAUAGAUGGCUUUGUACAUAAAACCAAUAUAGUAAGAGGAAGAUCCUGGUGUUGUUAUGAUACGCUAAUUAUUUCUCUUAAAGAAAAGGUGAUGACUAAGUGAACAUA